AUGCCUGCCCCAACUGCCCUUCGCCAACCGGCGGAAGUUUCUGCCCUUCAGCAACCCGUUCAAUCUAUGGACGCGGAUGAUGAGGUCUUGAUCGAUGCUCAGGGAACGACAGAGCCCGAUGUCACCAACCCCGUCGCAGAUCCCACGGCAGACACCGAGAUGCGCAUCGACGAAGAGGGCCGCCCCGUCUUCACACCUGCAAAGGAAACCAGUACCGCUUAUCGCAUCGAGACUCGCAAGGUGCCCGUUCCCCCUCACCGCAUGACGCCUCUUAAAGCCAACUGGACCAAAAUCUGCCCUCCUAUCGUCGAGCACCUCAAGCUUCAAGUGCGCAUGAACAUCAAGAGCCGCGCCGUGGAACUCCGAACCUCCAAGUUCACCGCGGACGUCGGUGCUCUCCAAAAGGGCGCAGACUUUAUCCGGGCUUUCACUUACGGCUUCGAUAUCGACGAUGCGAUUGCUCUUCUCCGACUGGAUGACCUGUAUAUCGAGACUUUCGAAAUCAAGGAUGUCAAGACCCUCAACGGAGAGCAUCUUGGCCGUGCGAUCGGUCGUAUUGCUGGCAAGGACGGAAAGACCAAGUUUGCUAUUGAGAAUGCUAGUCGAACCCGUGUGGUGCUGGCCGACCAGAAGAUCCACAUUCUGGGUGGAUUCAAGAACAUUCACAUUGCCCGUGAGGCUAUCGUCAGCCUCAUCCUCGGUAGCCCUCCCGGCAAGGUCUAUGGCAACCUCCGAACCGUUGCUUCUCGCAUGAAGGAGCGAUUCUGA